AAGAAGAAGCCUCUUCAAAACUAGUUCUUCUUUUACUUCAGUUGAACAGCUGAGAGGGACAAAGAACAAGCUAGACUAGUGAGCACUCUUCCCUUUCUGGUUAAAACAAGGGGUGCAGAAUAUGGCACCUCUGAUGGAAAAACAUCACCACAGGUUGUUUUGUCAUUCUGCUCUUCCUGCAGUAAUAUCUAGGAGAUUCACAAGAUCAGCCUUUCGUCCAUCAAAUCAACUUCUUUGAACAGACAUUCAAAAGAUGAAAUCAAAGAAGUGCUUCUGCUGCAAUAUCAGCUGUUUAUCUGGGAUAUAAAUUGAGAGGAUCAGAACUUGGGUGUGCAGGAGCUGAGUCCCUCUGGUACAAUGACUUCUGCUGAUUGGCAAGUACAAAGUCAACAACUGCAGCUUUUUCCAGCCUAGAGAGAGAAUAGGGAAAGUCUACACUCUUCCUGUCAUGGGCACUUUCCAGAUUAAAGCCUACAACGGUGUCACUACAGAUCUGCAACGUGUGCUUCCGUAUUUCCUGUGUUGUGACACCGCAGUCCCUGCUCUGACAGCAAGAACAUAAAGAAGCUGAUGCUGGGAAUACUGUUGUGAAUGGAUUAGUAUUGAGCAGUAAUGGACAAGAUAAAGUGAAUGACGUCCCUUUAUGUUCACGCUCUGUUUCUGCUGUUAAAAUAAUUCCUGUGAAGAAAGUGAAAAUUUCUCCUGGUCUUGUGUUGAUGACAGACCUAGACCCAGCUAAAGUCUGUACUGGAAAGGGGACUGUGACCCUUUGGGCUUCUCCAGCCUGUGAGGAGAAUCAAAGUACCAGCCCUACUUAUCCACAGAACAUCCAGCAGUCUGAAAAUGACUGGAAGCUAUUAUCUAGCAUUGACUCUAAUGGGGAGGCUCAGCCCUCUGCUCUGGCUGCCAAGGGCUAUCGGAGUGUGCGUCCAAAUCUCUCCUCUGAAGGCAAGCCACAUACUCCUCCUCUGCUGUACUCCUCUCUUCCAAAAGAGGAGAGCUUUGCAUGGCGUCCUCACACCAAAAGCAAAACAACCUUCCUACAGCCUGUGCCCAUCAUGGACUGUCUGUACCUUAACACACCUAAACCUUAUGCACAGUACUCACCACCCAACACUAGUGGCUCACAAUAUUUUUCCUCCUCACCCACUCCCUUCAGUGCAGUUCCCCCAAAAUCAGGUAGUUUGAUCCAUGCAGACAGGGUGCAUGAUGGGCAUUCACUUUGGAGAAGUAACUCCUUGUUAUCAGACACGUCAUCUGAGCAUAAAAACAUACCGGAGGUUGCUGAUCCUAGUAGUAGAGCUGGACUGAAAUCCAAUCAUGAAACUAGAACAGAGAAAAAGGUCAGCAGUCUAUAUGUAGCUUGUUUAUCUAACAGCACUUGCUCAGCUGCAUCUGAAAAUUCCAUUGCCUGUGCACAUGUCCAAACAGAAGGCACCCGUUUUGGAGCUGAGGUCACUGUGGCACCAGCUAUCAACUGUGUUUCCUCUGUAACAGAUUUUGGAACAUCUCUUUCUCCUCCUCCUUCUCCUCCUGCUCCUCCCAGACCAUUCUUUAAUAUUGUUCUCAGUCGUGAUGCUAGUUAUGGUGAGAGUGAGAGAGAACCUUCCAGGACCCCCCUGACUGUUGACAACACAAAGAUAGAGUCCCCACAUACGACUGGCAGUGAGGACAGAAUGAGAAAAGAACUAUACAUUACUCAGCAGCAUCCAUCGCAGCACCAGCAUCCAUGCAAAGCAAAGGAAAGCGGCAGGGAUGCCACUUGUUCCACCAUCACCCCAGCUCAAACUGAGGUUAUAGUAGUGCCACUCCACCAGGUUCACCUAGACAGAGGGCAAGAAGCCAACUCAAGCACACCGCCACCGCCUCUGGUACCUUUUGGUCAAAGUGCAGCAUUCUCUGAAAACGUUUCUACUGGCUUACCUUUGACCUUCCCAACACUAGAUGAUUUCAUUCCCCCUCACCUUCAGAAAGGUCCCCACCAUAACCAGCCAUCCUCUUCGUCUGGGACAGUGCCCCACGUUCGCCCGAAACUGCCUUCACUAUCACCACCUCCUCCUCCGCUGAUUCCUCCAGUCACAGAAGUCCCAAACAGAGUCUUGGAGCCUGAAAGCACGGGAAUUAUUUUGCACACAGAUCUCUGUCCUCUGCUAAAUGAAGCCCCCAGACCCAGCAGUGGCACCGAAUGCUAUGGUUCCUUAACGUUCUCCAGCAAACCUUCCUCUGCUUAUCCCUCCACUACAAUCGUCAAUCCUACCAUUGUCCUUUUGCAGCACAACAGAGAACAGCAAAAAAGGCUUAGUAGCCUAGCAGAGCCUUUGCCAGAUCUACCAAUCUCUGGUAAAGUAGACUGUACACCUAUCCAAGAAAAGGAAAAUCAAAGUGAGAAACAAGAAAUGGAGGAGCAGAAGAGAGUUGCUAAGAGUUCGCCAUACAUAGUUGAUUCCUCGCUGGAUGAUGUAGGCAUUCCACUAAGAAACACAGACAGAUCAAAGGACUGGUACAAGACUAUGUUCAAACAGAUUCACAGACUAACGAAAGACCCUCCUGAAGAAAACCCUUAUUGCCCUACCUACAAAUUCCCUGAACUUCCUGAUAUCCAGCCAAAAAAUGAAGAAGAAAAUCCUUAUUCUCCUACCUACCAGUUUCCUGUGUCUACUCCUAGUCCUAAAUCUGAAGAUGAAGAUUCUGAUUCCUAUUAUCCUCGAUACUCCUUUUAUAAUGACACAAGAAUGCAGACUUCAGUGCCCCGUUCCAAGAGUGAGAAUGACACCAUCGACACAGAGAAGGUGGUCAAGAGAUCUGCCACUUUGCCACUGCCGGCUCGUUCUUCGUCUCUUAAAUCAAGCCCUGAAAGGAAUGACUGGGAGCCUCCAGACAAGAAGGUGGACACAAGAAAAUACCGUGCCGAACCUAAAAGUAUUUAUGAAUAUCAACCAGGAAGGUCCUCAGUUCUGAACAAUGAAAAAUUGACUCGGGAUAUAAGUCCAGAAGAGAUAGAUUUAAAGAAUGAGCCUUGGUAUAAAUUCUUUUCGGAAUUGGAAUUUGGGAAACCGCCUCCAAAAAAGAUAUGGGAUUAUACUCCUGGAGAUUGCUCUAUCCUUACUAGAGAGGAUAGAAAGACUGAUCCAGAAAAAGAUAUCUACCUCUACCAGACUGAGUUAGAGGCAGAUAUAGAAAAAAUGGAGAAGCUUUAUAAAGCAUCAGAUAAAAAACAACUGAAGAGUACAGCAGGCUCCUCUCCACUGGACACUUUCUCAGACCGCUUACCCCACUCAUCAUAUUCCCCCAGCUACUACCCAGGAAAAAGAGAAUUGGAGGCAGCUCCUGGAGACUCCCCUGGACUGGAAAAUGAGAGGCAGAUAUAUAAGAGUGUUCUGGAAGGUGGCGAUAUUCCACUGCAAGGGCUGAGUGGUCUCAAACGCCCUUCCAGUUCAGCUUCCACUAAAGUGGAUCAUAAAGGUGGGAAUGCUCAUAUUAUUGCACCCUCUUCAGUUAAUAGUCGAACGCUUAACCCUAGUAAUACGCAUACACUAAGUCACCUGAAUAAACAUAAGAAGCCCUUAUCGACUGCAAAAGUCUGCAUUGCUGAAAUACUUCCGUCCAAAUUCAAACCCAGGCUGGCUGCUCCACCUAUUUCUGGGCAGGACGAAAAAAGUCUCUUACCCCAUGAGAAAACUCAAAGCUGUGAAAACCUCUGUAGCUCAUUUGCCGCCUUUGAUAGCAAGAAAGCCUUCAUGGUAGGUGCAGGUGAGAACUUUGAGAACCUUUUAAUGAGGUCCACGCAAGAGUUUGCUGCCAAAUCCAGCAGCACCCAGAGCCUGCAGGGGUAUGGCUCUUCCAGCUUCAGGAAGGGGUGCAUGUUCAGCUCCCGGAAGAAUGGAAAGGAGUUUACCAUGCUAUAUAAAAACAUGCAUCAGAUCAACCGCUCUGGAAUCCACCUGGGCACCAUUUCAUCCUGCAGUGUGAAGGACAUUGCAUCCCUGUUUGAAAAUGAACUAAAAGACAAGAAGGAGCCCAACCCCAGCCGGGAGAACCUGGAGCAGAUCCCCAAGCAUACUGUCUCCUCUCGCAUCAGUGCCUUUGAGCUGCUGAUCCAGAGAUCCCUGUCGAUGCCCACACUCAACUUCUCCAGUGCGCAAAACAAAUCACCAACUUCUAGCUGUCAAGGUUCAGUGUACUCUGAUGAAUACCUACUGGAUUUUCACAAGGCCGAUCUGAAACAAAUGGAUAUUGUCAACCUAGCUGGUGUCUCAUCUCACUCUUGCAGCAAUACAGAGGAUGUGAUGUCCGAAUUCAGUGAUAUGGCCCCCGUGGACACACACUCUGCAUGCACUGAUGAGACAGAUCUCUUAUCUAAUGUAUCCAAUGACAGUGGUGAUAGUGGCAGCAGGAUCAAUGGGCCUCACAGAUUCAAAGUGAACAAGUGUAAAGGAUCCUGCCCAGCUUCCUACACAAGGUUCACCACCAUUCGAAGACAUGAACAGCAGCAGUCUGCCAGAGGGGAUGCUCAGGGGGAGAGGCUCCCAAGAAAUGUCUACCUUAUGAGCCCCCUUCCGUUCAGAUUGAAAAAGCCCUUACAACGCAAUUCCAGAAAGACUCCUCCUUUGCAGCAUCCAGGAGACCUGCUGGCAUCUAGCUGUGAGAGCCGGAAUAAUCUGCCUCAGUCAAGAGGAAGCCUGAUGGACAGAGAUGGCCCCCUCUUCCAUGAGUUGUGUAUUCAAGAGAAACCUCCUGCUCCCAAGCGUCUCUCUUCCUGUGACAUUGUCAAAAAGCUAAACCACUUCCCAGAUCUGGAAGCUUGCCAAAAUCGCUCUGUUUCCCUAAUGGACAUUCCAGAUGCCUUUAAUAAUGGGAACGUUCCAUAUUCUUUAUACCACAGCUUGGAUACAAACAACAACCCACAAAGUGAACUCAGGACAUACCUUGGAGAUUCGGAAUCACCCAGGCAUUUUGCACCACUUGAUUACAUGGAGAGUCCGGAAGAAAUUUUCCGCAGGCGUCAUGAUGAUAAGGAGAAACUUUUAGAGGACCAGAGACGGCUUAAACGUGAGCAAGAAGAGGCUGAUAUUGCAGCUAGAAGGCAUACAGGGGUCAUUCCUACGCACCAUCAAUUUAUCACUAAUGAGCGGUUUGGGGACCUCCUAAAUGUAGACGAUACAGCAAAAAGGAAAUCUGGGUCAGAGAUGAGAGCUGCCCGAGCGAAGUUUGACUUUAAAGCCCAGACACUAAAGGAACUCCCACUGCAGAAGGGUGAUAUUGUUUACAUUUAUAAGCAGAUUGAUCAAAAUUGGUAUGAAGGAGAACACCACGGCAGAGUGGGCAUCUUCCCACGAUCAUAUAUAGAGCUACUUCCCCCCACAGAGAAAGCUCAGCCUAAGAAAACCUCACCAUUACAAGUCCUGGAAUAUGGAGAUGCAGUUGCCAAGUUCAGUUUCAAUGGGGACACACAGGUGGAAAUGUCCUUCAGAAAGGGUGAGAGGAUCAUGCUGAUUCGGCGAGUGGACGAGAACUGGUAUGAAGGAAAAGUCUCAGGCACCAACCGCCAAGGCAUCUUCCCGGUCACAUAUGUGGAGGUGCUCAAACAGCCUGUGCUGAAGAACACACUAGACUAUGCUGACCUGCUUCUCUCCCAUUCUCCCAACCGUAGCCUGACAGCUUCCCCACAGUCUGAGCAGCUUUUCACACCAACUCCUCCACCUUUACCCUUCAUGCGCCAAGCCCUGUCUCCUGAGCUGCAGGCCAUCACCUCAGAAUGGAUUUCCCUGACUUUGGGAGCAUCCUGUAGCAGCACUCCGGCCAUCACCCCUCCUUUACCACCUCUACCUGAUGCUUCUCUCUGUAACAUCGACUAUCUCAUCUCCUCAGCGGUGGCCAGCCCUUCACCUUCCAUUAGCCUUCACCAUUCUAAUUUCUCCAGCUCCUCAACUCCCAGAUCUGUCAUUUCCCCCUCCCCAUCUGGGCCUCAGCCAUCUAAUCAAAAUGUCAGCCUGGUCACUCUGCGAAGUGAAGAAAAGUUGGUUAGCUCCCCUUCUCCUCAUGUGAGCUAUUGUAAUUCACCUUAUUCUGUAGUUGGCAGCCCAGACAGCUUCCUCUCAGAGCUCAGUGAUGUCAUUGACCCCCAAGACAAGCUCCAAAGGAGCAGAGGAGCCAGCCAAAACAUUGACAGGGAGGACCAGAUCACAGCUGACAAAGACUUAAGUGGCAUUCUUGAGAUCAGCAGAGGGAGCUGGCUGAGACAGUCAGAGCUGGAGAAGUGUGUUAGCUCACAAAAGAAAUAUCUUCACGCCUUUGAUGAGAGCAAGCUCAAUCAGGAGGAAAGAAAUGGCCCUAAGAAAAGGGACAUCUGCAAUAAUAAACAAGUUGAACCGAGGGAGAGUCAGAGCAGGGCUAUGAAGCCUGUCAACACAAAACCAUUCUCUCCAUCUGCUCUUCUAUCUCCCUCUUCAAUUUCUUCCUUUGCUGUUACAACAAAACCACCUCCCAGACUCACACGCAGGGUCAAUAUACCACAGCCUUCUCAUCAUUCAUUGAGGCCAGGACCAGAUCUCACAGAAUCUGAAAAGAGCUAUGUGGAAACUGUGUGCAAUGAGAUCAUAAACAUUGCUGAAAAGUCAGUUCAUUACUGCAGUACAAUUUCUCAGCCUCUUGCCUCUUGCCACAAGAGGCCUUUUAAUGACAAUAAAUCAUCUCUCAUCAUUUCUCAGCAACCCCAAGUCCUUCCACUGGGAGCCAGCCUCAAUAGGAAUCAAGCCCCACAAGAUAUACUUAGCUACCAGGCACUCUACAGCUAUAUCCCACAGAAUGAUGAUGAGUUGGAGUUAAGGGAUGGGGAUAUCAUAGAUGUCAUGGAGAAGUGUGAUGAUGGCUGGUUUGUUGGCACAUCCAGGAGAACAAGGCAGUUUGGUACUUUUCCAGGCAACUAUGUGAAGCUGUUAUCUCUAUAAAAACAAUUGCCAGCCUCUCGUUUUCAUAGGGUGGGAGGGGGGACCUUUGGAAAACGAACAACUUCAUGAAUGUGACAGAGGAGACAUGAACAUGGAAUGUGGUUACAUGGUACAGCGUUGGACGGGUGCAAAGCCCUUUGAAGGUUUCCCAGACGUUUGCUGAUCAAGAGACAAGAGUGUUGAAUUGUUUACAAUACUGCUUUUGUAUCUGUUUUUACAUGAUAAGGAUUAGUGGUUGUUCAGUAUUAAGUAUUGCCCUCCAGUGAAACUGGGAGAAAGCAGCAUAAUGGAGUGAAAUAAUAUUUGGGGUGGGGAGAAAAGAUGAGAACAGUUAAUACAUUGUGGUUAUGGAUGGCAGUGUUGCUGGCAGAGAUGAAGCUGGAAAUUGACCUUGUUAAAAUUUCAUGCAGCUCUUGUUCCCUUCCUUUGGGAUGUGCAACAUAUGUGCAAGGAGCUUCUGGAGACCAGUUUUAUAUGGAAGGUUGCAGUCAAGAUCCUAUAUUAAUCUUCAAACACCAGCAAUGGUCACUGGAAGAAUGCUGUGCUGGGGAUGGAUAGGGCCAUGUGCUCUCCCCCUGCUCAUUAAGAGAAUCACCGUUUUUAAAAGGUGCCUCUUUGUUCAGUCAGCAAGGAUGACUUAUCUCCUGUAUUAUUAUCUUCUGUAUUAGUUAAAUUGAAUGAACAUCACCCUGGCUCUGUGUUCUCAUGAUCACUAUUAUUUAAAAUCAAUACUACUCAUUUUAAGAAGUGCUAAGUUAAGUUGUUUUAAUCAGAGCAAAGCUGUAGAGUUGGAUUAGAGCUCUACUGAAGUGUAACUGCUGCCACAAAUGCUUUAUUUCCCUCUCAACUGGAACAAUUCCAGCUGGAGGCUUUUUUUUGGAUGUCAGGUGCAUUGAUUCCAUGCAUGGGACACCCAUAAGCUGAUUUCCUGUGUUAAUUCUUACUAGCCCCAAUAAUAAGCCAGAGAAUUAGUAAAGUAAGCAAAAGUGGCCCAUUGCAAAUGAUGUGUCGGUAGAGAAGCAUUCCACAAUACCCCAAACAAUGCUGUCCCUCUUCUUGCAAUCAAAUUGUGCAAGUUGGAAUGUAAGUAGCCAGAUGCUGCCGUGGUGUUUCAAUUUUAAAUAUAUUCUGGCAAAAUAAUGUUACUGAAUGUGCCUUUCUGGGGGGAUUUUAGAAUUGGGGGUUCUUUUAAAUAAAUUUGAUUUCUGGCUGCUUCCUCAAAAAAAAACCCAGAAUGUACAACCAGCCUAUAUGUCUGGGGUUUCCAAAGCCACAUGUGGUGGAUCUCUGUGCAGAAUGUGACUGUGUUUUCCAAAUUGGACUUGCUUGGACUUCCUGCCUGCAACCUUGGAGAAGGCUGCAUGAUUGUGCAUAAACACACUGGGUAUUGUUUUCAUAGUUGUUAUGUUUAAACACUUAAGAAAAGAGGUUGCCUCACACUCCUCUACCUGACAGUACAAGUAGGAAAGGUUUAGAUUGCAAUUUUGUCAUAAGCUAUAUUUACUAAAUAUAAAAGGCCUAUUUUUCUGCUGAUGCUUUUAUACAGUUUAUUCACAAUAACAGCAACUAACUCAUUUCUGGCAUGAUUGCAAUUCCUUUUGACAUAUUUGCCAUGCUCCUGGAUUUCUCAAACAUAGCAGGGCGGCUCUUUUGCUGACUCUCCCCCUGCCCCGAGAUCAGCCAAAAAAGCCAACUGAAGUGCUUCAGUAGAAUGACUGUAAAUAUGUAUAUUUGCUUUUGUAUAGACUUACAAAUGUACUUAACUUAUAGAGAAACAAAUAAUUUAAAUUGAUGAAAGCUUUAAAAAUGCAGUAAAGAAGAACUUUUCCAUUUUUAUUUAAAUGAUGAAGUAAUUAUUCUGUGUAUAUUCACAUUAAAUAUGGGGCAAGAAGUAUAAAUCAAUUACAACUAUGCCACAAAGUACUGUUUUUAAUCAGGGUGGAGAAUUAACAUUUUAAUAAUUAAUAUUGUCCACUGAAUAUUGUUUCCACUUGAGCCCCAUUGAAGUGAUUUUUGGUUUCUCACAAAUCUCAAGGAUAUGUGCAGGAUAAGCUUUUCCAUGGAAUGGUACCCUAAUGGGUUUUGGCACCAUAUUGGGUUGGGGUUUUUUAAUGCCUUUGAUUUUGCCACCUUGUUAUCUGCCGCAAUGUUUAGACCUGGCAUUAAAAUACUAAAUUAAUCCACUCUGCAAAAUAGCUUAACAAUAUUGACAGUAUAUAACCAGUUCAUUUUGAUGCCAUUUUUAGUUAAUACACCUGCAUGUUCACACACACAUACUUCCAAACAAGAAGUCACUCUUGUGUUUUGUUUUCUCAUUUGCAGUGGAUUAUUAUUUGGCAAUCAAUAAAUUGAAAUAUUGAAUUAAAAGUGUGUUCCUUGUACAAAGGGUUUAAUAAAUAUUAGCCCAAGCCA